AUGAUUAGGACAGUAGUCUGGUUCGGAGUUGGCGGUUUCUUUACAGCAUGUUAUGCUAAUCUUGUACGAGGUUUACCCAUGUGGAGAAGUAAGUAUUUAUAUCGUAUGUUUCCCUUGGUUGUUGGUGUUGGUUUACUGUAUUGAUCGAGCGUGCGUGGGAUCACCGAUUCAGUUCUUAUCAAUUUCGGUCAAAAUGCUAAGAAGGUAGUAAAGUAAUCAAUCCAUAACUUUAACGCCCCCUAAAUUUAUGUUCUCUAUUAGUUAUUUUGUUGUACCUUUGAUCAGUCGGUAAACACGAAUUUUACAGCUGUAUUGUUGUCGUAGUCGUCGUUCCCAGAUUUCCUAUAUAUUUACUGCAAGUCUAUACAUUCCUUCCUUUCUUCCCUUGUGUGAGCCCUUUGAGCACCGCCACUGCCUGUUGCAUUGAACAUUACGUCAUUACCUGAUUAGAAAUCAGCCAAUCAGCAUUUCACAUCCCAUUCUGGGACGCAGACAUUCAAAUUUAUGAGACACGAAUGCAAGCGCCCAUUCCCCUCUUCCCUUCCCCACCCUCGUACCCUCAGAACCCCAGGAGAGCUUGCCCGCAGGCUAGGUAACACCCCAGACAUUGCAACUUGCUUUGUGAAAGAAACAACAACAACAGCUCGAAAAUGUUUAUAUUAAGUCAAUAAUGAGGUUACUCUGUUGAGCUGUAUGAUAAAUACCUUGUUGAGAAAAAGAAUUUGAGUCACUAAUGGGUAAAACAGUGGACGGAGGGAAAGAUAUCAAUGGAAAAAGUUUUCUGCCUAUUAUUUUUAUCCGCCAUUAUACAAUGUAUCACUGUAAAUGUGCCAUUUCACCCCUACAGCACCCUUGAUGCAUGUCUUCUGGACUAGCGUCGGCUUAGGUCUGGGCUACAGAGGGCACAUAUUUGAAGAAACCUCAGAAGAGAGAUAUAAAGAGCUGAUUAAGAAACACAAGAAUGCACCUUGGUACCCCAAAGGUCAGCUUUUAGCCGAACGAUAUGCAAGAGAAAAAGCAGAAAGAGAAGGUGAGUUCAAUGAAACCCUUAUAAGUUAA